AUGUUCUCUCGCGUCUCUGCCGUCCUUGCCCUCGCUGCCCUUGCGACCGCCACGACCACCGUCUCUUGCAGCCCCCAGCCCACGAGCCCUCCCAAGCCUGCUAGCCAGUGCAACACCGGCGGUCUCCAGUGCUGCAACUCUGUACAAAAGAGUUUUCUACCAUACCAGGGUAGCAGCUCGGCCGUGGUAAAAGAGCUCGGACUCUUGGGCGUUGUCCUCUCCGACGUCAACGUCCUCGUCGGUCUCGCAUGCAGCCCCAUUGAUGUCGUUGGAACCAGCGGCACCUGCUCCGCUAACCCCGUCUGCUGUGAGAACAACGACUUUAACGGCCUCAUUAACAUUGGCUGCGUUCCCGUCAACAUCAACGCCUAA